AUGGCUCAAUUCUUCUUGGACCUCUUCUACUCCCUCGGGAACUGCCUGAAUUGCUUCCCCGGCUCCCCCACGCUCAAGGUCAACAACCGGAGCUUCAAGAUCCUGCGCCUCCUCGGCGAGGGCGGCUUCUCCUACGUCUACCUCGUCGAGGACACGUCGAGCCACCAGCUCUUCGCCCUCAAGAAGAUCCGCUGCCCCUUUGGCGCCGAGUCGGUCCAGCAGGCCAUGCGCGAGGUCGACGCCUACCGCCUCUUCGCCCACGUGCCCACCAUCAUCCCCGCCGUCGACCACGCCGUCGCCACCGAGCGCGGCGCCGACGAGGCCACAAAGACCGUCUACGUCCUGCUGCCAUACUACCGCCGCGGCAACCUCCAGGACAUGAUCAACGCGAACCUCGUCAACCGCGCCGCCUUUCCCGAGAGGCACCUCAUGAUGCUCUUCCUCGGCGUCUGCAAGGCCCUCCGCGCCAUGCACGAGUACAGGCCCGGCCCCGCCGAGCGCAUGGACAUGGGCAACGAGGCUGACCUCGACGACGACGACGACGGCCGCGGCGGCAACCGGGCCGGCGCCUCGUCGAGUCGCCGCACGGAAGAGGACGAGGAGCCCGAGCAAGAGCGGCCCCUGAUGGAGUCGGAGAGCCGCGUCGGCCGGGGCGGGGCCAAGGUGCAGUCGUACGCCCACCGCGACAUCAAGCCCGGCAACAUCAUGAUCGACGACGCGGGCUCCACCCCGAUCCUCAUGGACCUCGGCUCCGUCGCCCCCUCGCCCGUCCCCGUCACCUCGCAGUCCCUCGCCCUGCAGAUCCAGGACACGGCUGCCGAGCACUCCACCAUGCCCUACCGCGCCCCCGAGCUCUUCGACGUCCGCACCGGCACCGUCAUCGACACAAAGUCGGACAUUUGGUCCCUCGGCUGCACCCUGUACGCCUGCCUCGUCGGCAAGUCGCCCUUUGAGAUGCGCUCCGACGAGACGGGCGGCACCCUCAGCCUCUGCGUCCUCGGCGGCGACUGGCGGUUCCCCGACGAGUCCCCCGGCGGCGCCAAGCGCAUCAACAGCAUCGGCCAGGCAAAGGCCCGCGCCGCCGCCACCGCCGCCGACCCGUCCUCGGCCCACGAUGCCGGCCCCGGCGCCGUCUCCAUCAGCGAGCCCAUCCGCGAGAUUGUCCGCCGCUGCCUCAAGGUCGAGCCCGCCGAGCGGCCCGACAUUGGCGAGCUCAUUGCUAUGGUGGAGCAGGCCAUUGAGCGGCUGCCCGACCAAGACGGCCCAGGGUCCCCGUGA